GUAGUCCUAAAGUUCGAAACGUCAAAAUUGUUUUCAUGUCACCUUUUAUCUCAACCAAACUUGAAAAAUGACAAAGAAAUCUCCAAAUUCAAGAAAAAUAUUUAGAUAAUAUAAUAAGGUUCAAAAUAAAUAUGUCAGAUCCCAGUAUGAAUGAAUCCACAACAACAAGUGACACUGAAGAGGAAGAAAUUGAGCCUAAAUUGAAAUAUGCGCGAUUAUCUAAUGAUUUGCAAAGUAUCUUAUUCAAAUCUGAAGCAACUUGCAUUUGCGUUCACCCAAAGUUUAUAUGUCUUGGAUCACAUUGGGGCGUUAUUCAUCUUCUUGACCACCAGGGAAAUAACAUAGAAGGAAAAGAACUGAAAGCUCACACAGUUGGUGUCAAUCAGAUUUCAAUAGACUCAAACGGAGAAUUCAUUGCCACAUGUUCGGAUGACGGGAAAAUAUUCAUUCACAGCCUAUUCAACAAAGAGAACAAUUUUACCUUGAACGUUGGCCGUUUAGUGAAAACUGUUGCACUCGAUCCAAAUUAUAACAAGUAUGGAAGUACUAAAAGAUUUAUUUUAGGUGACGAUAAGCUAACGUUAUAUGAACGAACUUUUCUGGGAAGUCUGAGACCUACUGUUCUCUGUGAAAGUGAGGGUUUUGUUAGGAGUUUGAGCUGGAAAGGAAAUUUUAUAGCGUGGUCUAGCAAUGUUGGUGUUAGAGUUUAUGAUAUGAAUGCUAGAUGCUCCUUAGGUCUCAUCAAAUGGGAGGAGCAUAAAAACUUGUCUAUUGAGAAAUUCAGAUGUAAUUUACGAUGGGCGGAUGCUAGAACGUUACUUAUAGGGUGGGUUGAUACGGUGAGAGUGUGCAUAAUCAGAAAGAGAAGUAACAUUGAACUAGCCAAUAAAAAUCUUCCUGAAUAUUUAGUUGAUCCAGUUUCUACCUUUCAAACGGAAUUUUACAUCAGCGGAAUAGCACCGCUGGACCAUCAAUUGGUACUUUUGGGAUGCUCCAAAGAAUUGGAUGAAGAUCAAAAGAGUUUACGUCCCCAGUUGUACAUUGUUGAAUAUAGGGAUAACGAUUACACAGACAUUUGUACCGAUAGUUUGUCUUUACGUGGUUAUAAAGAGUAUAGUGUGAAUGAUUACCAUCUAGAUGUGUUAUUAGAAGAGAACAGAUUUUUCAUUGUCGCUCCCAAAGACGUCGUCGUAGCUAGCCCUUAUGAUUUAGACGACAGGAUACAGUGGUUCAUACAACAUAAAAAAUUCGAAGAUGCUCUGGACAUCCUGAUAAAGAGCGAUGGGAGGGGGGUUCGAAGGUAUAACCUUGAAAAUGUGGGGGUACAAUAUUUGGACUAUUUGUUGGCGAACCAGAUGUGCGACCAGGCCGGUAAAUUAUGUUUGAAAAUUUUUCAGAACAAAUCGGCUUUGUGGGAGGAGCAGAUUUAUAAAUUUGCCGCUAAACAUCAGUUGAGAUCUGUUAGUCCUUAUAUCCCAAGAUCUUACAAUCACAAGUUGAAUCCUCACAUUUACGAAAUGAUUCUGUAUGAAUUUUUGAAAUUGGACAGCCAGGGAUUCUUGAAUUUGGUUAAAGAAUGGGAUCCUCGACUUUACAACGUAGUUGCUGUAAUUAAUGCUGUUUUAGAGCAUUUAUUGAUAUGCGACACCGAUAAGAAUAUGUAUCUCGAAGCUUUAGCCAUAUUAUACAGUUACGAAAAAAAAUAUGACAAAAGUCUCUCUAUGUACCUAAAAUUAAAGCACAAAGAUGUUUUUGCCUUAAUACAAAAACACAACCUUUAUGGUGUCAUACAAGAUAUGUUGGUAGAUCUCAUGGACUUAGACUAUAAAAAGACUGUCGCUUUGCUCAUGGAAAAAAAUCACAUACCUUCGGAAACGAUCGUAGAAAGCCUCAGCAAACACGAAUUUCAUCUAUACAGGUAUUUACAUGAGUUCGAUAAGAAAAAUCCAAAGGGGGAAUACCACAGGGAAUUGGUCAGACUGUAUGCCAUGUACGACAGGGAGAAAUUGUUACCGUUCCUGAAGAAAUCUGAAUAUUAUCCCAUUCAAGAAGCUCUGAAUAUUUGUCAGAAAGAAAAAUAUUAUCCUGAGAUGGUUUUUCUCCUCGGAAAAAUGGGUGACACGAAGGAAGCUCUGGAGUUGAUAAUCAGUAAGCUUCAAGAUAUGCAACAUGCCAUAACUUUCUGUCAAGAACACGACGAUCCUGAACUUUGGUGUGACCUGAUGAAUCAUUCGGUGGAUAAACCCGAGUAUAUUAAUUUUCUUUUACAAAGUAUAGGAACAUUUGUCGAUCCCACAAUGCUCAUACAAAAAAUCAAAGAUAAUACUGUGAUACCUGGUCUGAAGAAUUCCCUAGUCAAGAUGCUGUAUCAAUAUAACUUACGAGUUUCUGUCCAGGAAGGUUGCAAGAAAAUUUUAAUGUCCGAUUACUUCAACCUUCAGCAGAAGUUGGUCAGAGUACAACAGAAAGGUGUGUCGAUCAUCGAGGAGGUGGUGUGUGGGGCUUGCCACCGAAAGAUCAUCGAGAAGGACUCUUCUAGAAUGACUAACAUAUUGUUGUUCAAUUGUAAACACGCAUUUCACGAACAGUGCAUGCCCGAGGGCUCUGGAACUUGCGGAAUAUGUUAUCCAUUGAAAAAAAGACCCAGCUAAUCUCGGCGGUGAUUCUCCUAAUAAAGACGCUGGAAAUGAAUCUUGAGACCUACACUCAUACCGGAACCAGACAAUUUGAGGAUAAUAAUAAAAAAAACGUUUGAAACGUAGUGAUAAAUCACAAAUGUCCAUUUUGAACAAAUAUCUAAUCUAAGUGGGUUGUAGCUUUUACAAUUUGAUUUCUGCAUUAUAUUCUUUGGUGUUUCUGUGCAGUGGAAUUGUCGAAAUGCUCUGGAUGGCAUCAAUUACUUCGCUACUGCGUGCUACAAAUGUUUUUCAAAUUUGUAUAUAGAUGUAUUCAAAGUAUAUAUAUUUUGCUAAGGUAAGAUUGAAAACAGUUUUUACUAUUAUUUAAAAAUGUGAUAUAUCCAUGAUGAUUUUGUGUAAUAAUCAAUAUAUAAGAUGAAAAGGCGA